ACAAAUAUGACUAUCUAAAUACAACAAUCCCACCACCACCAUCAUCACUAUAGGUACCUAUGGACUCAAUGCCAAAGUACAAUACGUGAUUCUUCAACAGUUGCCAUACUAAACACAACACAUAGGCAAUAGCACUCAUAUUCACCAAUCUUCCACCCUCACCAUGGAUCCCUCCAUACAAGAGGCUGAGAGCCACUACUUCACCAAUGAACCCCCUCCUCGCGACCUUCAGGCCACCGUCACACUCGCUAGAGAAUUCAUCAAUCGUCAUGCCACCGAAGGUAGACGACUUGUCCUCGUCACCUCCGGCGGUACCACUGUCCCCCUCGAGACCCAGACCGUUCGCUACAUUGACAACUUCUCCGCCGGCACUCGUGGCGCCACCAGCGCUGAAUAUUUCCUGCAAGAAGGCUACGCCGUCAUCUUCCUGCACCGCCAGUUCUCUCUUCUCCCCUACUCCCGCCAUUACUCCCACAAUACCAGGUCAUUUCUUGACUACAUGAAAGAGGAGGAUGGCCGUGUCGUCGUCGACGGCCAGCACCAGGAGGAGAUGCUGCGCGUCCUUCGCCAGUAUGACGAAGUCAAGCGUGAAAAUCGCUUGCUCAUUCUAUCAUUCGUGAAUAUCACCGAAUACUUGUGGGAUCUGCGUGAGGUCGCAAAACUCAUGCGUCCACUUGGGCCUAGGGCCAUCUUUUACCUCGCUGCCGCCGUCUCCGACUUUUUCGUUCCUCAUGACCGUAUGGUCGAGCACAAGAUCCAGUCUAACGAGGAGUUCAGCGGUGCUAGCCUUCCAUCCGAAGGUACUAGCAAGCCCCCAGCGGCUCGUACGGAGGGACGUAGCCUCAUCAUUGACCUCGAACCGGUGCCGAAGUUCCUCAAGCAGCUUGUGGACGGUUGGGCACCUGAGGGCAUGAUUGUGAGCUUCAAACUGGAAACGGACCCCGCCAUCCUGGUGAAGAAGGCCCUCUACUCGCUGAACAAGUACUCGCACCACUUGGUAAUUGGCAAUCUUCUACUCACGCGUAAGUGGGAGGUCGUUUUUGUCUCGGCGCUCGAGGGCGAGAAAUGGAUCCGAGUGCCACGAAAUCGUAGAGCGAAGAGCAUUUCGGGGAACGAGUCGCUUGUCGGCCUGGCAGAUCCAGAUGGCAAGAAAGAUGGCAAUCGAACUGUCAGCGCCGACUUGUCCAUACCAGAAGGAGAGCCUGCCGUGGAGAUUGAGUCCAUCAUCAUCCCAGAGAUCACCACAAUGCACACUAAGAUAAUAGAGAAGGCACAGACAAAGCCCCCGGUAACGUGAAGCUGCUAUGAUACAUGCCUGCACAAUCGGGUUGUGUUGCGCAACUACUAUGUAAAUAUAAUUGAUGGCGCCACUCUUGCAUGUGUCUCUGAGCAUCGAUCACACACGCAACGCGACAGCAUAGCUUUGGUGCACAAUCGCACCGAGCUCGGUCUCGAAAUGUGACGACGUAAUGCUGCUCAUUGUUGAUACACGAUACUAUCUUCCUGAUGUGAAUAAGGAAAAUCAAUCACCUCUUCCCAUUAUCAGCAACUGAUCCUCU